CUCUCAGCCAAGAGAAAGAUUCGUUGGUUUGAGAGUUACCUGGGGCUGCUUUUCCAGAGUUUUGGUUCAUUGCUUUAGCCUUAAGCAGCAGAUGGAUAAACUGCGGCAAAGAGGUUAAGUGAUCUGUCCGAGGCCACAGAGGGUGUCAGCAUCAGAGCCAGGAGUAGAAUUAAGGAAUUCUUACCACCUCGUCAUAUGCAUAGACUACUAGACUACACUGCUCUAACUGCUACAGCGAAGUGGGACACCCCUUUGGCAAUCUGUCAGUGCCACGCUGAGCUGCAUCCAUUCACUGGGUAUUUUCUAACCAGACUGACAGUCCUUAAAACAAGUAUGCAGUUCAGCUGCUAAGGGAUGGAGGAAGCUAGUUUGUGCCUUGGUGUUUCUUCAGCUGUAUCAGAAGCUGAUGCCCAUCUCAACAGUACCAUACUUAAUGGCCAGUAUUCAAUGAGCCAGAAGCUGCAUCAGAUAACGUCGCAGCUCAGUCAUGCCUUUCCAGAGCUUCAAAACAGGCAGAAUACUGAGGAGAAGGCAUCAGCACCACUAGAAGAGAAAAGUCACGUGGCUAUAGCAAAUCAGCCAAUCAGCAGUCAGAUGGCACUGUUAGCAAAUCAGCUCAGUAGAGAAGUUGACACCAGUUUGAAUGGAAGAGUGGAUCUGCAACAAUUUUUAAAUGGACAAAACCUUGGGAUCAUGUCUCAGAUGAGUGAUAUCGAGGAUGAUGCCAGGAAGAACAGAAAGUACCCAUGUCCCCUCUGUGGGAAACGCUUUCGGUUUAAUAGCAUCCUAUCGCUCCACAUGCGCACUCACACUGGAGAGAAACCAUUUAAGUGUCCGUACUGUGACCAUAGAGCAGCUCAGAAAGGCAACCUGAAGAUUCACCUACGUACUCACAAACUUGGAAACCUUGGCAAAGGCCGUGGAAGAGUCCGAGAAGAAAACCGGCUUUUACACGAGCUGGAGGAGAGGGCAAUUCUGCGAGACAAGCAGAUGAAAAGCAGCCUUUUGCAGCCACGACCUGAUGUGAAAGCACAGCAGCAUUCGCAGCCAACACCUCUGGCAAACUGUAAUUUGUCUGUGCCAGCUAAUCACAGCACACCUGAUAUUUCGAACCCCGUCCCCUCUCCAAAGCCUGUGAGUGUCCAGGAAGAAGUAGUAGCUCAGACUGCUGGGUUCAGAUGCACAUUUUGCAAAGGAAAGUUUAAGAAGCGGGAAGAGCUGGACAGACACAUAAGGAUCCUGCACAAGCCUUACAAGUGUACUCUGUGUGACUUUGCUGCCUCCCAGGAGGAGGAGCUGAUUAGUCACGUGGAGAAAGCUCACAUAACUGCAGAGUCCGCUCAAGGCCAGGGAUCCAAUGGGAAUGGAGAACAAUCUACCAAUGAGUUUCGCUGUGAGGUGUGUGGCCAAGUAUUUAGCCAAGCCUGGUUCCUGAAAGGCCACAUGAGAAAGCACAAAGAUUCCUUUGAGCACUGCUGUCAGAUUUGUGGGAGGCGCUUCAAAGAGCCUUGGUUUCUUAAAAAUCACAUGAAAGUCCAUCUGAAUAAAUUAUCUGUAAAGAACAAAUCUCCUAAUGAUCCAGAAGUACCUGUAUCCAUCAGCAGUAUGUCACAGGAAGCUCAUGCAAACUUGUAUUCACGAUAUCUAUCAUGUUUGCAAAGUGGCUUUCUUCCUCCAGACAAAGCAAGUUUAAGUGAACAAAAUCAGAUUUAUAACAAAGGAGAUUUGCCCAUGAAAGAGAAAGAAGUUCUGGGGAAACUCCUUUCACCCAUUUCUGGCAUUGGCCACAGUAUUGCUGAAGGGGAUAAACAUUCUUUAUUGGGCUGUCUCAAUCUGGUGCCUCCUCUGAAAUCCAGCUGUAUAGAAAGGUUACAGGCUGCUGCCAAGGCUGCAGAGAUGGAUCCAGUAAACAGCUAUCAAGCCUGGCAGCUUAUGGCAAGGGGAAUGGCCAUGGAACAUGGCUUUUUGUCUAAAGAGCAGCAGAUACAGCGCAGCCAUGAAGACACUUUGGCAAAUGCUGGAGUUAUGUUUGAUAAGGAGAAGCGGGAGUAUGUGUUAGUAGGAGCAGAUGGCUCUAAGCAGAAAAUGCCUGCUGAUUUGGUUCACAGCACUAAAAUGGGCAAUCAGAGAGACUUGCCAAACAAACUAGACCCUUUAGAAGGCAGUCGAGAUUUUUUGUCACAUGGUAUGAACCAGGGACUUGAUUAUAACAUGCAAAGUCAUGGAAAUGUGAAAGAAAAGCCAACUGAGUGUCCUGACUGUGGAAGGGUUUUUAGAACAUACCACCAAGUUGUUGUUCACUCCAGGGUACACAAGAGAGACAGAAAAGCAGAAGAAGAGAUAAUUCAAAGUAACCUCGAUGAGCGACGUGGGUCUGGAAGUGAUCAAGAGUCUCAGUCUGUCAGCAGGUCGACAACACCAGGGUCCUCUAACAUUACUGAAGAAAGUGGAGUAGGUGGGGGUCUCUCACAGACAGGAAGUGCACAGGAGGACAGUCCACAUCCUUCCUCACCUUCCUCUUCAGACAUCGGAGAAGAAGCUGGGAGAUCUGUAGGAAUCCAGCAGCCAGCUUUACUGAGAGACAGGAGCCUUGGUUCUGCCAUGAAAGACUGUCCAUAUUGUGGAAAAACAUUCAGAACGUCACACCACUUAAAAGUUCAUUUGAGAAUACAUACAGGUGAGAAACCUUACAAGUGUCCACAUUGUGACUAUGCAGGCACUCAGUCUGCAUCCCUCAAAUACCACUUGGAACGGCACCAUAGGGAGCGACAGAAUGGAGCUGGACCUCUCCCUGGGCAGUCUCAAAGUCAGGAACACAAGGACGAAACAUCAAGUAAAGGAUCUCUGUUUAUUAGACCUGACAUACUGAGAGGAGCCUUCAAGGGUCUUCCUGGUAUUGAUUUCCGAAGUGGCAUGAUCUCUCAGCAGUGGACAUCAGGAAUGCUUUCUUCUGGAGAUCAACAAGGACAAGCAGCUGGCAUGUCUUCUGAGGUAUCUUCAGAGAAUAUGAAGGGUUCUGACAUAUCUUCCAAAGGAACACACUUUUCUGAACUUGGCCGAGCAUAUCAGAGCAUGGUUGGAAAUGGUGUGAACUUCCAAGGAUCUUUGCAAGCUUUCAUGGACAGCUUUGUCUUAACUUCCUUAAAGAAAGAAAAAGAAAUGAAGGAUAAAGCAUUAUCUGAUUCACUUUCCAUAAAAACUCUGGGCUCAGAGAGCGGUGAGGAUAAAAUAAAUACCAAGUCCUCACAAAGAAAAACAGAAAAAUCACAGUAUGAACCUCUUGACUUAUCUGUGAGGCCAGAUGCUGCCUCACUUCCAGGUUCAUCUGUUACAGUUCAAGACAAUAUUGCUUGGCAUGGCUGCUUAUUUUGUUCCUUUACAACAUCAUCUAUGGAAUUAAUGGCUCUGCAUCUCCAAGCCAAUCACUUAGGCAAAGCUAAACGUAAAGAUAAUAUUUUAGGAAACAGCAAAGAUCAAUCUCGGGAGGCUUCAGCUUCAGCAAACAAAGUCAGUUUGGUCUCCUCUUCAGUGCAGCCCAGCAAAGAGGCAAUAGUUUCAAAUUUGAUUAGCCAGCUGGACUCAGCUUCUGAGAAAAUGACCCAAGGACAAAAUAAAGAGAUGCUGGGAGAACAAAAGAAUGCUGCCUGGCCCAGCCAUAUGGAUUCCACUUUUUGUAAUUUUACAACAGACUUCUACAAGCAGUUUGGUGUUUAUCCUGGUGUUAUUGGCACAGGAGCACAAAAUUCUUGCACCAGUAACAAACCCGAAGUGAAAACACAAUCUGAAGAUGACCCAAAUAUUUUGCUCUCUGACUCUGUAAAUAAAAGUGCUACUGAUGACCUGUCUGACAUAGCUUCAUCUGAGGAUAUGGAAUCCUCCAAGGAAGAAAACAUUGAAGAUGAGGACAUUGAAACAGAACCAGAUAUUAUGAACAAGCACUUAUCUGCCCUAAAUAAAGAAAGCAGUGAAGGAGGUGACAAUAUACAAAGCGCAGUCACCUCACAACCACCCCAAGGACUAAUAUCACGGUUGCCACAAACAGAAAAGCAGUGGCACAGCCAGAAUCUUCUCUCCUCCCAUGAAACUGCACAAGGUGUGAUGAAACCUGAACAAGUACAGGCUCCACAGGUCCUUGAGAAGCAGAUGAACAUGUUGUCAGUCCUAAGAGCUUAUAGCUCUGAUGGCUUAGCAGCCUUUAAUGGACUUGCAAGUAGCACAGCAAGCAGUGGAUGUAUCAAGAGACCUGACUUGUGUGGUCACAGGCCUUUCCAGUGCAGAUACUGCCCAUACAGUGCCUCUCAGAAGGGAAAUCUGAAGACCCAUGUUCUUUGUGUCCAUCGCAUGCCUUUUGACAACAGCCAGUAUCCAGAUCGCAGGUUCAAGCGCUCCAGAGUUGACUCCGAGGCUUCUGGGAAUUUAGAGGAACCUGCAGCUGUCAAACCUGGGAGCUCAGCAGAGCUAACAGAGGAGGGCAGCCAGGCCCAAGAGUAAUG